AUGUUCACUGGAUCUGUUAGACCGAAUGGCAAGGCCGAUAUUUCAAUUGCACACAAAUCCGUGCCACUAGCUCUUCAGGGGAAAAAGCUGAAACUGACGGUGUUAGUGGGCUCGUUUGGGUCGGAUAAACCCGUGGCUGUCGAGGUCACCGACUCGUUUAUUGUGGCCCAAACUCAGCAAUUAACUGAACCUGCCCGUUUAAAAGCACUUCCUGAACUGCAUCACACUUUCCGUGCUCCUCCAAAGACAGUUGCCAAACCCAUUGCUCUCGCUUUUGUAGGUAUUGUCACCAGUCUUUUAGUGAUUCUGCUCGGGUUCUGGCUCGGUACUGCCGACCUUGCUGCUCUUGGCUCGGCUGUUUCAAAGGCUCCUCUUGGCCAUAUCGGACUUCUGUCAUCACUGCUAGCUUUUGAGCUCGUGUUUGUUCGCUACUUUCAGGGCACCAGCAUCUUCGACACCCUCUUUGCCGUCGCCUUCAUCGCCCCAGUCGCCAUCUUCACCGGCUCACGAGCCCUUCGCGAGGUCCGCGAACGUCGUCUCAACGGCCAAUUUAACUAA